AUGCAAAGGCUACCAAGAGGCCUUGAUGGGCUCCGCAUCCAUUCAAAUUAUUUGAAGCACCUUGUAAAGAGCCCAGGUGCCGGUAGCUUUAAUGCCCUAUUAGGUCCUCGACGACUUUGCUUUACGACGCCGUUGGAGCAGUUAGUGAUCAAUGGCGCGUGCUGGAAUGACAGCAACUAUUAUCACCGCCUCGGCUUUCAGAACGAGGUACGGGACGUUGAGAGGAUCAAAGAGCACUAUCGCAUUCUGGCCAAGCACUACCACCCUGAUAACCCCAGCGCCCCACCAAAUGCCACGGCUGCCUUUCAGAAUAUCAGGGAAGCGUACGAGCAUGUCAUCGCGAACGCCAAGGAAGAUCCAGCGAAAACUAGUGAUAACACCAGUGGCUUUCAUUUUGCAGAUCACGAGCGACGGAGACAACAAAUGCGCUUUUUGGGGGAUGGUGUUGGUCUUUUUAUGGUAAUGACCCUCGUUUUUAUCUAUGUUGUGUCGAGGCACAACAAGGAGCGCAUGCGAGCGCGUUACUUCUGGAAUUUUCUGAUUAUAUUCUUUACCAUCCAGAUAUUCCCAAGGCUUCUGGCAGCAGCUAUCCUUUAUGCAUGUCACACGAACUAUUUGGUGGGCUUAGCAGAAGCGAGGGAACAGGCAGCCACAAUGGUGGUGGUGGAGAGGGGAGCCAAUGAAUUAAUCAUCCGCGUGGAUGGUAUCACAGAGGAAGUGAAGGAAAAUGUUGUGCUACAGGUCACUGCUACACUGCUCCAGAACAAAACGUCUGGGGCCCCGGUGGAAUCUACAAAUAAAGGGUCAUCGGGCGCAUCCAUGUCGACAACGCUUACCUUCGAUGCUGGGGUGAUGACUGUGUCCGUUCCUGCGCCACAGGAAGGGAAUACGGAGUACAGUGUCAGAGCGGUGGAUGAGAAGAGGGGAUUUGUGCUUGCCUCCCAUACGUUGCAAAUGUGA